AUGGACAAGGGUAGGCCCCCACCGACGGAUUCCAUACGCUACACUAUUGAUGUGAGCGAUUUCUACCGCGUACAACUCGAUGCUUUCGAAGGUCCAAUGGACCUUUUGCUCUACCUCAUCCGCAAGCACGAGGUCGAUCUGCACGAUAUCCCGAUCUCGAUCAUCACGGAUCAGUACCUUGGGUUUCUAGACGAUCUGGACUCGAUCGAUAUUGAUCUUGCUGGCGAGUUUCUCGUCACCGCCGCGACCUUGAUGGAGCUCAAGUCCCGCAUGCUCGCGGUGGACGUCGUCGAGCGUGAGGACGCUCCGGACGACAAGCAGGAGGAUCGCGAAGACCCUCGCGCCGAGCUCGUGCGUCAGCUGCUUGAGUACAAAAAAUAUCGAGACGCGGCGACGAUGCUCGAACAUCGACAAGCCCAAUGGGAACGACGCGCCCCAGUCCAUAGCGCCGGGAUCGACGACGAGUCCGUCCGCAGUGCUAUGGAUGAGAUGGGUGAGCUGGAGAUCGAGGAUCUGGAUCUGAGCGAUCUCGUCGAUGCAUUCCGCGCAAUCGUCGAAUCGGUGAACUUUGAUCGCUUGGGUGAGCACGAGGUCAUGAGCGAUGACACGCCGAUCGAGGUGUACGCGGAUGACAUCGUUGAGAAGCUCAAUCAAUCGAUCUCGCGUGACGCCUCUCAGCAAACAACGCUGCGUGAUCUGAUCAUCAACAAACCGAGACAGCAGAUGGUCGGGACAUUUCUCGCGCUGCUCGUGCUUGUGCGUGAUCAACGCGUGCUAAUUGAUAUGCAAGGUGAUGAGCCCGUUAUCAAUCUGAAUCCGGAUUACGAUCCCAGCAGCGAUCCGGCGUCUCCCGACAAUGCGGACGAGCCGAUCGCGGACUUCGUGUGA